UCUGCGCAGGCGCGGUGGCUGGUAAAUGAGCGCCCCAGGCAGCGUCUGCUUGAGGUUGUGGCGGCCGCGGCUUCCUGGGGUCCUGGCGGCGCUCUUCUCCUGAGCCGGAAUCCAGAAGGAAGGACAGAGUGAGCGCUAGAGUGUGAAAAGAGGGCGAACCCCUGUGGAUGUGACUCUCGAGGUCACUUUUCCCAGUCCCCCCAGCUUCCCCCAUGCCGGUUGUCUGUGGGCAUCGCCUUUGCUUUUAUCCCGCGGACGGUGGGGUGCAGGGAACGAAGGGCAGCGGAGGAGAGAUGUCCAAGCAGCGAGGCGAGGGGAUGUUGGGCGAGCUACAGGCCCCUGAGGCGCCCCAAAUCUACACUUAAAUUUUCACCCAAACGUUGAAGGGGUAAAAACCCGAAGAGAUUUGCCGGUCUAACGUGCGUGCCUUUGCAUGGGUUGCUUCCUCCCUUUUCCUAACUGGCGAAGGCAUGUUUGUCUUUCAGAACCCAGCCUGGGUCACUUCUGGAAGUUUCCUGAGCUUUGUCCUUCCCCAGGUACAGCUGCUGGUACCCCAGCGGGUUUCUACAGCAGAAAGUCCAAGAGCGAGCUUAGAACUGGACAGACUGGUCUUCACUCCUGGCCUAGUCACGCUCUUGGUAACCUUGGGCAGGUUACCCAAGGUCUCCAAGCUUCAGUCUUCACCUUCAAAAGGAAAUAAUAGUGCUCAUAGAUAUCAUAGGGUUGUGGGAAUUAAGUGUGCAACUAUGUCGUGUAAAUGCUUCCCAAGUGCUUGUUGUAUAGUAAAUGUUCAAUAAAUCUUACUUUCCUAAGGGGAAGGAGAGGAAAGGAUACACACCUUAAUUUUUCUUGAGAAAGUCCUUAUUGGGCGGACGCAAAGAUGGCUGCAGCGUGUCGGAGCGUCCAGGGCCUGGUGGCGGUAAUAACCGGAGGAGCCUCGGGUCUGGGCCUGGCCACCGCGGAGCGACUAGUGGGGCAGGGAGCCUCUGCUGUGCUUCUGGACCUGCCCAACUCAGGUGGGGAGGCCCAGGCCAAGAAGUUAGGAAACAGCUGCGUUUUCGCCCCAGCCGAUGUGACUUCUGAGAAGGAUGUGCAAACAGCUCUGGCUCUAGCAAAAGAAAAGUUUGGCCGUGUGGAUGUAGCUGUCAACUGUGCAGGCAUCGCAGUGGCUAUCAAGACAUACAACUUAAAGAAAAGCCAGGCCCAUACCUUGGAAGACUUCCAGCGAGUUCUUAAUGUGAAUCUCAUGGGCACCUUCAAUGUGAUCCGCCUGGUGGCUGGUGAGAUGGGCCAGAAUGAACCAGACCAGGGAGGCCAACGUGGGGUCAUCAUUAACACUGCCAGUGUGGCUGCCUUCGAGGGUCAGGUUGGACAAGCUGCAUACUCUGCUUCUAAGGGGGGAAUAGUGGGCAUGACACUGCCCAUUGCUCGGGAUUUGGCUCCCAUAGGUAUCCGGGUGAUGACCAUUGCUCCAGGUCUGUUUGGCACCCCACUGCUGAUCACCCUCCCAGAGAAGGUACGAAACUUCUUGGCCAGCCAAGUACCCUUUCCUAACCGACUGGGUGACCCUGCUGAGUAUGCUCAUCUGGUACAGGCCAUCAUCGAGAACCCAUUCCUCAAUGGAGAGGUCAUCCGGCUGGAUGGGGCCAUUCGUAUGCAGCCUUGAAGGGAGAAGGCAGAGAGAACACACACUCCUCUGCCCUUCCUUCCCCUGGGGUGCUACUCAGUAGCCAUUUUGUAACUGCCCAUCAGUCGCCCUCUGUGCCUAAUAAAGUCUCUUUUUCUCC